CAUUAAUAUUAUGUUUGCAUCAGUUUCUCAUUGAUAUCAUAUCUGCAUCAGUUUCUCAUUGAUAUCAUAUCUGCAUUGUCAUCAAUAUUAAAUCUUUUGGAUCCUAUAUGCUUAUCACUCAUAUGCAAAUGGUUAUAAAAUCCUUGCAAGUAUGGUGUUCUGUAUAUACUUGUGACAUUUUCUUGUAUGAGUUGAAAUAUUAGGAGAAUGAGUUUCAAGGUACAAGUUGAGUCUAGAGAAAUUAUUAAACCUGCCUCUCCAACACCGAAAAGCCUUUCAACCUUUAAUCUCUCUCUGAAAGACCAAUUAUCUCCGAAGUUUUAUGUACCCGUCAUUCUAUUUUAUGCAUCUAACCCCAAUGUUGAGCAGAAAAAGAAUCUGAACCUUCUGAAACACUCGUUAUCCCACACCCUAAGUUACAUGUAUCCACUGGCAGGACGGAUUAAAGAUGUAUAUUCCAUCGAAUGCAAAGAUCAAGGCGUUGAAUUUGUCGAAUCUCAUGUUGCUGUCAGCAUAUCCAGUGUGCUUAACAACCUGGAAGUCGACCAAUUGAGGCAACUAGUUCCUUUUGAUCCAGAAGGAGUCCCAACACCCGAAAAUCAGCAGUGUCUUUUAGGUGUCCAAGUAAACUACUUCAGAUGUGGUGGCACUGCUAUUGCAAUCUGCAUUAAUCACCUUGUUAUAGACUUUGCGGUGAUACACAAUUUCUUCAAAACCUGGGCUGCCAUCACCCAGGGAGAAAAAAUUGAAGGGACUUUUGUCAGAGACUGCACGACGUUGUUUCCUCCACAAGACGUCAGUGGCUUCAACCAACUCGAGGUUGAAAAAGGAACAAAAUCGAUAGCUAAGAGAUUUAUCUUCAGUGGCUCUAGUAUAUCUUCCCUCCAAGAAAAAUUGGGAGAAGAUCUGGAGCAACGUCCAAGUCGUGUAGUUGUUGUCUCAACCUUCAUAUGGGCUGCAAUCAUCACAACAACUCCAGAAAAAAUAUGGUUCAUGACAACGCAAAUGAACUUGAGAAACAAGAUGGGCAAUCCCGAAGUCCUGCAAAACAGCCUCGGAAACAUUACACAUGCUGUGGUGACUAGUGCUGGCUCGGGAACUGAAUACAGAUCUUUGGUCAGAGAAGUUCUUAAUUCGAUACGAGAAGUGACUACAGAGUUUUUAAAGAAUUUGUACAAGGAUAAAAACUAUUAUAGUGAGUACAAGAAGGCAGUUAAAGAAUUUUCCAAGAAUUCAGAUGGAAUAGGCUUGUUUAGUACUAGUAGUUGGUGUGGCUUUCCUAUGUAUGAAGUUGAUUUUGGGUGGGGAAAACCUGUUCAGUUGGGGACUACUAGGAUACCAACUAAUUGUGUCUUCUUAAUGGAUACUAUUGAUGGUAAAGGUAUUGAAGCAUGGAUGAGUUUGCCCGCAAAAUGUAUGAAGAUGCUGGAGCAAAAUUCUGAUUUCCUUGCUCAUGUUUCUGGGAUCUGAAGCGGCCUCUGGUUAUAAUCAUGGAAGUUCUAAAUGUUCUAAAAUCAUAAUCCAAAUAUUACUUCUAUAAUCUACUCCUGAAUUCCUCGAAACUGAGAAGAAGAAGAAGAAGAAGAAGAAAAAAAGGACCUAUACAUAUGUAAUUAAACCAUCGGGCGAAAAAUCCAUAACUCGAGUUAAGUGUAAAGUGAAGCAAUACACAUAACUAGUAAAAAAUAGUUGCAGCAGUUUUGGGUAAAAAAUUGCAGACCCUCCGUUUUCCAACUUGCUCAUUGCCAAAGAAAUGCACGCUGCUCUGACUAUCAGUUAAUAAGUUUUCUAUCUGCGAACUACCGAUAUUUAAAGUAGACACAGGUUUGGCCAUUGGUGAAAAUUCUAUAUAAUAGUAGUGUUUUACGAUACCAUUUCUUUCAAAAGUAGGUUACAAGGCUAGCUUCAACAAGAAUCACUUUC